CACAAUGUCAUUUAUGUCAUGUGUCACAACAGUUCAUACCCAACAUAACCUCAAUACUAAGAGACCUAAAUAAAACCAAAUAAUUUGCAAAAUAUUCACUAAAAAUGUCGGCGAAAAACAUGUUCUUGAAGCCCGGGUUUAUCCGGGCACCAUUGCAGAACGGUGUGGGCCGAUAUGUGUGCCAGUUACAGCGAAUUGUGCUUAAAUUCUGCAAAUCUAAUGGCUCUAGUCGUGGAAUGAGAGAUUUCAUAGAACAAGACCUCGUAGACUUUGCUAAAGUGAACCCUGGUGUGGUUGUGUACUUGAAGCCUCGCAGACACAGAGGACCUGUUGUAGUUGCUGAGUAUUUAAACGGUGACCGAGUAUGGAUGAGCAUGUCCAACAAAACACACUCAGAAAUAACCAAAUGGAUUGACGUUCUACGCACCCAACAAGGUGACAACGCUACUACCCGUCUCCGUAAAUACCAGUACACCGACUAUCCAUCAGUCCAAGGUCCCUGGACUCCGUUCACACACAAGCUACCAGAGUUGAAUACUGCAGAGCUUCCCGACCCAGCGUUCGGAGCUAAUAAUAGAUUGCCAAUGUCAGCUACGGAACAGUUAAGGUUAAUGUUUGAAGCACAGAAGUUGUCGGGCAAAAGUGAGGAUUUAAAAACUGCAGAAUAAUUGUGUUUUUAGUGUAGUAGUGUGUAUAGUUAUUUAAUAAAGUUUUAUUAGUAAGAUUUA